AUGGAUCACUACUCCCUACGGCAGAGAGUCAUCGACAUGCAAAGAGAGCCGUCGGAAGCAACAGCCGGACGUGCCGCAGAGGAUGUGACUAAUACUAGCAGAGAGAACAGAGAGGACAUUUUCUUGUUCGUUCCAAAUCUUAUAGGAUACGCUCGGAUCAUCCUCACAGUCGUCUCGCUCUACUUCAUGCCUGUUCACCCCCGACGUUGCAGCGCUAUCUAUGUGGUCUCAUGUCUCCUGGACGCACUUGACGGCUGGGUAGCUCGGAAAUUCAAUCAAGGUACCAAGUUCGGCGCUGUACUGGAUAUGGUGACAGAUCGCUGUACGACCACAUGUCUACUUGUCUUUCUGGCUACAGCCAUGCCGAAAUGGGCUAUGUUGUUUCAACUUCUGAUCAGUCUCGAUCUGGCCAGCCAUUAUAUGCACAUGUAUGCUACAUUGAGUAUGGGUGGGAGUGGACAGAGUCAUAAGCAGGUUGAUGCGAAGAGGAGUUGGUUAUUGCAUUUAUACUACACCAACAAGCCGAUUGUUUUAUUCACAUUAUGUGCAAUGAAUGAACUCUUCUUUGUCGCGCUAUAUCUUCUUGCUUUCACUGAGCAAGAGAGCCAUGUAUCUGGAGAUCGAAUGAAGACAGUCAUUCAGAAUGAGCCAUGGUCUGCAGGCGCUAUGGAGAUUGCUCGCGCCAACAAGAUACAAAGCUCAAUACCCACAGCACUUUCCAGGCUUUCUGUGCUCCCGAUGUUGAUCAAGCAGUACAUCAACGUCCAGCAACUGAUCGUCGCAAGUCAAUGGCUUGCGGAAGGUGAUGCCGCAGAGCGUGCCAGGCAGUCAGUCACUAGAUAA